AUGAGUACAAUUGGUUAUGGCCGUUCCAGCGCUCUGGAAACGUAUGUACGUGGUCAGUGGUACAAAGUAUAUGUGACGUUGGAAGAUGAUUUUAUAUGCAUUAGUUUGGAUGAAACCUAUGAACACUGUACACCUGUUAAUGGAUCUUUAAAUAACAAUACCUUAGAUUCUUCGGGAAGUCAUAUUGAUUGUGUCGAUGUACCAGACUCUGUAGCUAAUCAGAAACGUCUCAUACGUGUAGUAAAGACAGAUAGCAAUGGCUUGGGAAUUUCCAUUAAAGGUGGGCGUGAAAAUAAAAUGCCGAUCCUUAUAUCUAAAAUAUUUAAAGGAAUGGCUGCUGAUCAAACUGAGCAGCUUUAUGUAGGUGAUGCUAUUCUAUCUGUUAAUAAACAAGAUUUAAGAGAAGCUACUCAUGAUGAAGCAGUUAAAGCACUUAAACAAGCUGGAAAAAUUGUUGAACUAGAAGUUAAAUAUUUGAGAGAAGUAACCCCAUAUUUUAGAAAAGCCACUAUCAUAUCAGAAGUUGGAUGGGAACUACAGCGAGGAUUUUUAUCAACAAACUCACCAAUUCAUCGCUCUCCACAAAAGCCUGAUGCUCGUUAUUUACCAUUGCAACUUUGUUGUUUAACAAGAAACUAUAAACAUCCUGAUCCUGAAAAUAAAACUAUUGAACUACAUUCACCAGAUGGUGUGCAUUUCUGUAUAUUAAGAACUCAGGAAGCAAGUGAAGCUACUUGUUGGUUUAAUACUCUUCAUGGUGCUUUAAAUGUUUUAUCUUUAAAAGCAUUGCAUGAUGCAAACAAAAUUUUAGCAAACAUAAUGCCUGUGCUUGGUCAACUUCAUCAUAUUGGAUGGUUAUUUAGGGUUAAUAGAAAUGAGAAUAGCAUGCGUAGCAUAAGUUCAGAUGAAGAAUUUACAGUGAAUGACAAAUGGCAAUCAGUAUUUGGAGUAGUCACUAGUAAAGAAUUACGAUUGUAUGAAGUUGCCCCCUGGAGUCCAGAUGCUUGGUCUGCUCCACUCUUUGUUUGUUCACUUUUAUCUACAAGGCUGAUGAAUUCAUCUCGUAACUCAGAAUUAAUCACAUUUAGUUUAAGAUGUGGAACAGAAGAAGGUAUCAUUACUCAUCGGUUUAAAGUUGAUACUCAAAGAGAUCUUGCCAGUUGGGCAAGAGCUGUAAUUCAAGGUUGCCAUAAUUCUGUUGCUAUUAGAAGAGAAGUAAAUCGUCGUUGUUUAUGGCAUGGAAAACCAGCACAAUUAUCAAUUCACUAUGAGAAUGGAUUUACACUUAUUGAAUCAAAAACUGGGUCUGUAGGGCGUGAACCAAAGAAGUUAUGGAGUUAUCCUUUUGAUAAAUUAAAAAUGUCUUCUGAUGAUAAUAACAGAUUACUAUGGCUGGACUUUGGCGAUAGCGUGGAUAUAGAAAUAGACUUGGAGUGUAGUCCUAAACCAUUAGUGUUCAUUUUACACAACUUCCUAUCAGCCAAAAUUCAUCGGCUUGGUUUGUAUGCAUAA